UUCCCCUCCCUUGUCCUCCCUUGCCGCUCCCAUCUGCGCAGUGCCGCUGCCGGCUCCAUCCCCACUGCAGAGGGGUCUCUGGACUCUUUUCCCUGGUCCUUCUCAUUUUCCUGGGCAAGAGACUUUCCAUCCAAAGCUUCAUGUGGGAGGCUUCAUGUUGGCAUCCAGAGUACAUGUCCCAAAUAUGUCCAGCCUCACUUUCUGAUCAUAGCACCAAGGAGCUGCCGACAGAUGACAGUAGCUAUCCUCCUUCCAUACUGAGGAAAAGGCCACCUGUGGACCAAGCUGUGGGAGAAAAGCGGAGAGCAGAGAGAAGGGUUCGAUUUCGUGAGCCUGAAGAAGUCAUUGAACAUGUCAUUUCCUGCUGUGACUACGUAGUGGAUGACAGGUCAUCAUCUGGAUUGCCUGUGCUCCUGUGGCUCUCGUUUUGUGCAGUGCUGAUCCUUGCUGUGAGUCUCUACUACACCACUAUGAAGCAAGAUGUCAAAGUCCUGGAGGAAUUUCAAUCCCGACUUGUUAUCUUCUUCCUUCAUGUAAGACACGUUGCUCAGAGAUGCUGGACUUGGUUUAUGAGGCAGUAGAAGUGUCCUCCAGCCUGACACUGCUAAGAAACAUCACUGCAAAACUCUCAGUCUACUGCAGCCACAUGCAAGGAACACAUGAGCUUCCACCUCAAAGAGCAAGAAAAUCCCGCCCGCUGUGCACCAUCCAGCAAACACUUGUUCUCCUUUUCCCUUUGUUGUUUUUUUUUCACAUCAAUGAACAUUCAUACUAAUGCCUUGAGGUCCCACCAAACUCGUGCUCCAUCACCCUGAACAGCAAACAGGUAUCUGGGUUUUGUUCCCCAGAGUUUAUAAGCUGCUGAUAUGAGGAGCAAAAGCAGAGAGGGAAAUACAUUGAUCUGUGCAGGCAGCAGCAAGCUCUGAAGAAAGAGCCUUGUGAGCCUCAGGUCAAGGCUUUAGAUAUCAAACCACCUUUCUCCUCAAGUCUCCUAAGAAUUACUCUGCAAAGGUUAAAAUAAAGCUGAGCUAUUGCACAGACACUGCUCUGGUGGCCAAAGGCUUGGCAAGCUGCUAUAUUUAUACACCUAAAAUGAUUAUUAGUAAAAUCCCAGCAAAUGGCUUUCCCUUCAUGCAUUUUUUCCUCCAUGGGCAAAAGCUGUUUCUUAAUGCUUCCCUUGACUCCCAGGUGUGAAAAAGAACACAGAAACUCAUUUAAACAGAAAAUAGUUUAUUUGCCUAACAUAAUAAAUAAUAGCACUGGAACCCAGGUUAAUCAUCAAAUCAGUAGUUUAGUCCUCUGGGUUUGAUUCAGCCCAUAAACCCCACAGGCUGACACACAAGAUUUAUGAUAGUGCUUGUAUUCAGACAGAGGUUUUAUGCCAGGGUGUUCAAGGCCUUAUAUCAUGGCAAUAUGGACUGCUUGUGAAGGUGUGAGGUGCAUAGUUCCUUUAUCACUCUAUUGUCUCACCAUGCUACACAUUUCUCUGAAAGCAAUCCUUUUAAUGGAGAUCAUGUGAAACGGCGUUCUGGGUAUCUGAGAGGAGAACAAAUGACUCCAAGUUCAUGAGCUUCAAAGAACCAGCAAAUUCAUCUUUUUAGACCUUAGAUUCUGCUCAGGUAGCACCUGAUGUGUGCUUGGGGUUAUUUUGUAUGAUAAGAUUGACAUCAGAACCUGUAAGAGCUGAAGUAAAAGGGGAAAAAAGGGGGUAAAAAACCACUGCAGAGAAGAUGAAGAGAUGUCUGCAAGACCUUGGCUUGAAUUCCCCUGCUAUUGAAACCAUCAAAAAGAAAAAAUGGUGCUUUAUUUUUAGUUAUUUUUUAAAAAGAGGGCCAUACAUCUGCCCCAGCAGCCUUCUCCCAAGCAGCCCACGGACUUUAACCAGGAGAGGAUAAACUGAAGCACAACAUGCAAGCUUCUCUCAGGAGAAGAGGGGGCAGAACAAGCCAGAAGAAUUGCAGCCCAAGACAGAAAAAAGUGCAUUCAGUGGUGACUCUCAUGCCCCUCCUAAGCUGUCAAAGCCACAGGUGUUGCAUUUGACUCAAGCUGGUCUGGGAAGCAGAGGGUGCUGCAGGAGCAGUGUUUGGCUCAGGGGUCUGGGUGCAAACCACCCAGGUACCCCGGCUCAGAGGGUAAGUCCCACCACUGCUUCCCUCCCCUCACCACUGUCUCAGCCCUGCUGUUUAGGUAAUAAAGGAGAAAGGUUUUAAA